ACGUCCACGUCAGCCAGGCAAACGCGGAAGGACGUCCCGCAGGUUGUGCCGUCACGUGAUCAGCUGUUUGGGACGAGUAGUUCCCCUUCAAAGUUAAGGAAUGACGGAAUGAAAACAUGAUGUUUCAGGCACAGAUGUCAGUUUUGUUUGCUUUACUGUUUAUUAAGUGUACGAUAUAAAUUGAUUGAUUCCUGUUGGAUUUAGGAUUUUACUGCAGACCAUGGACAUUAAAGAGCAGGCAACAGCUAAUUUGAAGCAGUACGACACUGGUGAUAAGUUUUCCUACAUUUCGGUGAUUCCCAAAGCCUCAGUUCUGAUCCCACUUUUUGUCAGAAAUGGACAGCUGUACACCCUGAUGACCCUGCGUUCAAAAGAGGUAAUCCAAAUGAAUGCCAAUUGAGGUAAUCCGAAUGAAUGUUAACUGAGAGUAAGAUAAAUGUUGUCUGCAGUCUAAAGGUCUGACUCUGUGUUUGUAGCUGAAGAGAAAUGCUGGCGAGGUGUGUUUUCCAGGUGGGAAGAGGGACCCCAUGGACAAGGAUGAUGUUGACACAGCUCUGAGAGAGGCAGAGGAGGAGAUAGGUUUACCCCCUGAUGAUGUUGAGGUGGUCUGUAGACUAUUUCCUCUCGUCACUAAGGUAGGCAUUACACAGUCAUUAAUUUGUGGUGGUUUAGGCUGCUUUAAGUCUACUCUAGUCUCAAGUUUCUCCUCUCAUCCUUACCUCUUCUAACAGAGCGGUCUGUUGGUGACUCCAGUGGUCGGCUUUAUUGAAGAAACCUUCCAUCCAAGUCCAAACCCUGCUGAAGUUAGUGCUGUGUUUGCAGUUCCUCUGGACUUCUUCAUGAGAGAGAAGGACCAUGAUGCUAUUCACUUUGCAGCGAUGCAGGGGCUAGUGCACUUUUUUCAUUAUGUGGACCCUGAAUCAGGAAGCCAGUAUGCCAUAUGGGGACUGACUGCCAUGUUGGCUAUAAUGGUUGCUGCUUUUGCUCUGAGGACUAACCCUGAGUAUGAUGUUGGUUUCGACACAGAAGACCCCUUUUCUUUCUUCCAACAGACGCUAAACAGGAGACUUAGUAAACUAUGAGUUGUUGAGUUCUUGGUACUUGAAGCCUUAUUUACUAUUUAAUUGUUGAAUAUUAAUUUAUCACAGUAACCAAGGAGCAAUGUGAAAAUUAACUAACAUUAAAAUCCAAAUUAAAAAUGGAAACUUUUUUUUAAAACUCGUAAGAGUGUAGCUCAAACAAUUUAGGUUUAUAGAGGUACAGAUUUCCUUUUUCAGCAGGACCAGGCCCCUGCUCACGGCGCCAAAACAACCAGAAACUGGUUUUCUUACGAGGGUAUUACUGUGCUUGAUUGGCUGGUUGACUUGACCUGAACCCCCAUAGAUGAUCCCUGGGGUAUCCUCAAGAGAAAGAUGACACUGGAAAAUCCAGACGAGCUGAAGGAGCUAUCAAAGCAGCCUGUACUUCCAUACUCCACUCCAGCAGAACUGUCCAGGCCUUGCAUGUUGAUGCAGUAACUUGUGCAAAGAGAGCCCCGAACAAGCACUGAGUGAAUAAAUGACCAGAACUUUCCAGAAUGGCCGUAUGUUUAAGAAUACUUUCUUUUAGGUGUUUUACAAUAUUCUAAUAUUUUGAGAUGGUUGAUUUUUGUGAACUAAUCAUGAAAAGUAAAACAAAAAGUCUUGAAAUGUUUCACUUUGUGUGUGAUGAAUCUAGAAGAUAUGUAAGUUUCUCUUUUUAAAUCAAAUGAUGGUGAAGACAUGAACUUUUCCUCCAGACAUUCUGAUUUCUUUUCCUGCACUUGAAUGUAAUGAAAAGUAGAAGACAAAAAAAGAUAAGGGCACGUAGAUUUUUUUUAUUAAUUCAUUUAAUGUAGCAGCAGGAUUACAGAUAUAAACAAAAGAGUAUACAAAUGUCCAGACCAAGGCAAAGUACAUGUUAAUAAUAAUUCAGAUGUAUGAUAACACACUGGGGUUGACCUUUUAGUCCGACUGCAGGGUCUUAAGGCUAGAUAUUUAAGCUCAAGCUACACAGAACGGACACAACAGAACUGUAGGAAGAUGUGAAAUAGAAAGCGAACUAGGAAAAGUGAGCAAACUGAUUACACACAAGAUAAAGCUCACACUAUUGGCAAUUAACAGUUAAUUCAUUAUGGUUGCUCCUUUUGAUCAAGCAUUUCACAGCAACAAUAGUAAUGUUGACAAGCACAUCAACACAAGAAAGCUCUCCAUUUAAACAAUCUCCUCUGUCUCGUCCCUUUUACCUCACGUACAAUCUCAUGAGGCAUGAAAAAGUUUUUCAACAGAAAAUAAACAAGUUGACAUUUUGUUGGUGAAGCUGCAUAAUAUAAUGUCGACUGAACCCAUUCUGAUAUCUUGCAAUGGAUUUAUAAAUACAAAGUGUGAAAACUGAAAUGUGUUGGAAUGGGUUAUGAUAGCCAUGUGUUGAGAAAUUAUUUUAUAUCAGAAUCACUGAAAGGUAUCUGGAUCUUAAAAAGUCCAAAAGAAGAAGAAGGACAAGGAGCCAAAUAGCAAUGACAAAAGGGACACCGGUAAACACAGCAGAGUAACAGUAAAGUUAUCAAGGCACACAGAGUUCUGUUUUAAGCAUCACAAUUGAAAUUCAAGAUACCCCUGCAGUAUACUUCACAUUUAAAUAUACAUGGAUAUUCAUUUACAUGACUGAAGGACAAAACUGAUAUUGUGUAAAGGUUUCUGUGCUAUCUUCACCGUUGAAUUCAUGUUCCACAUAUUUUUGUUUCUGAGUGCAAGUGGCUAUUUGGAGAGUCAGACUGAGCAUCCUGGAUUGCUCAAAAUGAAACGUCUUGAACACAAAAUGACACCACAAUCCACCACAGACAAUCUGACAAAUGUAGUGAUACAAAUGACAGUUGGUGCCACAACACAAUCCCUCCUCUGCCUUGAAACAUGUUCUCGAAAACUGUAAUUGGUCCGAUGUUAGAUGUAGAGCAAGCUCUAUGUCCACACCAUGAGGUAAAAUUUACAUUCAUGAAACUGAAGUCACAGGUUGGCUUUCUGUGUUGGUAUGGCUUUGAGAGGCAUUGCUGUUCCGCACUGUAUCUACAACAUCAUGUGCUCUUAAACUCCCCUAACCGAGAGGGAUGGAAUGCUUGGAAACAUCACUACUGCGCUCUAACCUGACCUACAGUUAAUGGAUAAGUCAAAGUGCCAUUUGAGAUGCAUGACAAUAAAAAUAAAGAAGUAAAAUCAAAACUCACACACAUUACACACGCACGCACACACACACACACACACACACACACACA